AUGGCGGAUCCAGCAGACGUACUUCUCCUGUCGCUUGAGGUGGAGGCGGCAGCUGCUCGAAACGCCGAACUGAGUCAGACCAUUGAGGCGCUGCAGGACGAGGUACUGCGCCUCCGGCGCGCGGAUGCGUCGCUCUUUGCUUGCGAUGCGCGACAGGGGCCGAAGUUACCCUCGGAAACCGUGGAGGGGCCAAGUACGACGCGAGGCGUACAGCGAGACCUGUCGUCAGCUGCUGCAGAUGCCAGAGAGGCGUUUCUCGUCCUGGAUGACUUGCUUUUCGAAGUGGCUGAUAUUCGCUCUCGGAUACUCCCGGAAGAGAGCGUGGACUUCACGCCACGGGCCUUUAGCGCAGAGGCCACGGUGACCGGCCACGCCACGCGAUGCCUCGAGGAAGCACGCAAGCUAAAAGAAGCUCUCAUUGUCAAGCAGCACAGCAUGGCGGCGCAGGUGUCAGAGCUUCGGCGUGCUCUCGGUGAGCAGGCCGAGAGCAACGAGAAACAAUGCACAGACGGUGCGUUGCAGUACGCCAUGUUGGAGCGCAAGUAUGCAGAACUCCAAUGCAAGUACAGGGAGGCAAUCGCAAGACAGGGUGAAUUGGUGCUUGAUCGUGUCAUUCAGUCUGUCCCACAGCCGUCGCCGUUCCGUUGA